GUCAGAUCUAAAAAAUCUUAACUAAUAUGAAUUCAAAAUUCUGUGAUUAGAACUUAUGGUAUAAAGGUUUAACUACCACAGCUUAAGGUUUUUAAAAAUUGUAUAAUUCGCACUAUACCGAGGUCACACUGGUAAGAUUGAACAAGGAAAGAAGAGAACGAGAGAGAACAAAACAAUAAGCUAAUAGGCACCAACUCGUUGGCUCGGAAUGGCUGGAUUUUUAAAGACAAGGAAGCGUAGCCGGGAGGACGACUUGCCCUGCGAGUCGACGCCCCUUUCGAAACGCAUCAACAACCUGCAUCUAAACUACGACGAUGGGAACAGUAGCAGCAGCAGCAGCUGCAGCAUUCCUCCCCUGCCAGUAGGAGGAGCUAGUGCCCCCGGUGGCCCUGGUGGCCACGAUGCAUCGGGGAACGGUGUAGCAGUCGGAUACGAGUACAACCCAGAAUUGGGAGCAGAGCAAAACCCAUUUUAUUACGAAAAGAACAAGAUGCUGUACGACCUGCACGUCGAGCGAAUCAAGCGCAGCAGCCAGUAACCCGGAAUCCGUCAGCCAAGUCGCUUCCGAAACCUGGCACCGCUAAUCAAGUGCCAAUCCGAGCUCCGAACUAUGGAACUCUGUAGUUCAAGUUUAGCAUAGUUCACGUCCUUUCAUUCUAUUGUGUGCUGAAAUCUGGAGACAAUCCUCUCAGUACUUGCGUUGUGUGAUAGACAUUGUUUACUUGCACAGCAUAUCGCGUUGGAUAAAUAGAUAAUGCAAUUAUAAAUCAAGCCAAGACUUCCUAAGCACGCACAUACAUAAAUAUAGCCUAAGUCGCCCUCUGUUUCCCAACUACCUAUAUUUGUAAUAUUUAUAUGUAUGUAUGUAUGUAUAUUUAUUCUAAGAAUACUGUAAGAAACUAAUAUUAUUUGUUUAGUUUGGAAAAUUCUCGGCUUUCGGUUGAAAUGUGAUGGCUAAACGGUAUUUCGUAUCGCAUUGGGACAUUGCUUAUUCGCUGAAGUUGAAAGAACAAACUAAAGCAACCUCAAAAUAAACAAUGUAAGCUCUUUAAA